AAGAAAUAUUCUUUUGCUAAAAGAUCCGAGGAGUACGUUCAAAGGAGGAAUUAUUCGUAUCGAGGAUGGAUCUGAUAAAGACUCCAAAGAUUGAAAAUGUCCGCUUAAUGACAAAGAAUGGGAAAAAGAAGGCUGCGGUGGGUAAUUUAUACCUGACAACUACUCAUCUGUUAUUUGUUGAUCCUGACUGCUCCAAAGAAACAUGGAUCCUACAUUCCCACAUUGCAUCAGUGGAGAAGCUCCCCCUCACGGCAGCAGGAUCACCUUUGAAAAUUCGCUGCAAGACUUUCUUGAUUGUGACAUUUGUAAUUUCAAGAGAUAGAGAUAGCCAAGAAAUUUACACAUCAUUGUUACAACUUUCCAAACCAGGUAAAGUUUGCCAAAUAAUUCAACACAAUACAGAUGUUUUUGUGCGAGAGUUGCCAAAUACACGACUUACUGUAAAAUGGCCUAUUCUUUUGUUAAUACAGGUCUGUGAUACAUAUCCAAGUGUUCUUUAUCUGCCUGCCUCUGCCUCCAACCCUGUUCUUAUUGGUAGCUCAAGGUUCCGCAGUCGAGGCAGACUUCCAGCUUUAUCUUACCUCUACAAGGAUACAAAGGCAGCAAUUUGUCGCUGUAGUCAGCCUCUAUCAGGGUUUAACUCCAGAUGCCAGGAGGAUGAAAGUCUCAUUCAAGCCAUCUCAAAGGCCACGCCUGAUGCCAAAUAUGUGUACAUAGUUGACACAAGACCAAAGAUCAAUGCGAUGGCAAAUAAAGCAGCUGGGAAAGGAUACGAAAGUACUGAUUUUUAUGAGAAUGUCAAGUUUCAAUUUGUUGGAAUUGAAAAUAUCCACGUUAUGAGACAAAGUCUGCAGAAAAUGAUAGAGUUGGUCUGUGAGACGCCUGAAUUAACAGCCAAAGCUUUAGCAAGUGGACUGGACAGCAGUGGAUGGAUGAAACACAUCAAAGCUGUGUUGGACACUUCAGUGUUUAUAGCAAAGGCUGUUGUAGAGGAGAAGGUCAGUGUUGUUGUCCAAUGCAGUGAUGGUUGGGACAGGACUGCCCAAACAUGGUCUUUAGCAAGUAUGAUGUUGGAUCCUUACUACAGGACAAUGCAUGGAUUUCAGGUGUUGAUUGAGAAAGAGUGGCUUGCAUUUGGACACAAGUUCACUGAGAGGUGUGGUUUCCUCCAAUCAGAUCUUAAGGAGACAUCACCAGUGUUUCUCCAGUUCCUGGAAGGAGUGUGGCAGUUACAGGAACAAUUUCCCUUCGCCUUCCAGUUUAACGAAAGAUUUCUUCUCACCAUUCACGAUCAUGGUUUGCAAUAUUUUUCAGCGACCUCUGAGUGUUUCUUUUGCAGUUUGCCCGAGAAGACGUAUUCACUAUGGGGCUACAUGUGGCAAAAUAUCAGUGAUUAUGCCAAUCCAUUGUAUAUGGGAGGCAGGAACGAGUUACUUUGGCCAUCUACCUCGCCUCAAGCUCUGAAGUUUUGGCGAUCAAUGUAUAAUCGAUUUGAGAACGACGUUCACCCGCGUGAGACAGUUCUGGAUGCACUCAGCAGUAUCAUUGAUCAUAACGAGUCACUACAAGAUCACAUCAAAUUUCUCUCCUCUCGGGUUGAAAUGAUGAAAACACUGUCCAGUCCUACAACUGACUCUGAAAGCAACGCCCAAUUUGUGGAUUCACUUGAAAUGAAAUGUCUCCGUACUGAAGGCGAAUCGCCAAGGGAUUCGUCACAUGACCUAGCUUCGCUUGAGAAUUCGGUGAAUAGUAUGGACCUCAAGACAACACUGAAGAACAAUUCAUUACUAAACAGUCACGUGAAUGACUCGUCUUCCUCGCCUAGUUCAUCUGCGAGCCAGGCAAGCAGCGCAAAUCAAGACAGCGGGACCGGGGACCUGGUAUCGGAUCAGUUGCAGAAAAGUUUAAAACGUCAGGGAUUAACGGUGAAAGAUCUUCUUCAAUCUGCUCCACCGUUUGCUUUGGAGUGGAAAUCAGUUCGAGAUGUCUACCAAUGUUCCACCUGCUCGGCUCCGAUUGAUUUUCUUAGUCGGAAGUAUCAUUGUUGGAACUGUGGAGAAGUUUUUUGUAAAAGAUGCAUCGACAAACAGUGUUCGCUUCCUGGACAUUAUUCAGACAAUCGUGUUCCUGUUUGCAAGCAAUGUUACAAAGUCCUCAAGAAAUUCAAAUAGAAACUCUGCGCGCGAUUAUGUGCGAAUGGUAGAUUUUUAAGACAAGACAAGAAAAGACGCCUGCUCCAGGUGCUCAAUCAGUGGAGACGGAUUCGCGAAAAAUUGCACAUAGCGGCCUCACGGUAGGAGCAGUUGUCAAGGAAACGGCUACCUGCAUGCUAUCCUGCACGCGUCUUGACUGAAUGAAAGUAUGCAAAAGGCUGCAAGAUGGGCAACAAACUUAAACAGUAAUGUUAAUUUCAGGAAAAGAGACAAAAAUUUUUUUUACGUCGAUGAAUGGUUAUAAUAGAGAAUAUACCUUGAAACAAGCCAUUUCACGAAAAUUAAUGGUUGUCAACGCAAGUUAAAUGUACAAAAAGAUUGGUGUUAAAAUGAGAAAAAUUAUUAUCGAGAUUUAACACUGAAACUCAUCGAAUUUAAUUUUCUAGUGUAUCUGUAAAGGGGAGGCGGCAUUCCUGUUUCUUUUUUACUUGCAAGUGUUGAAGGUAAUCCCGAAGCGUACUGGUUUUACUCUUCUUGGCUUUGUGAUUGGUUUAGAAAACCCGUCCCAUUUUCUGAACCAAUCAGAUUCAAAGCCAACUUAGACACUAGCGUUUUCCCGCGCUUCAUAGCGUUGACAUUUGGCUACUUUGAGUUCUCAUUGGUUACCUGUGACGUUUAGUUUGUUAUGAUUGGCUUCAGCAAUUGCCUGGUCAAUUGCUGAUGAUACUUGAUAGUGAGGCACUCCAUAAAUUACUUUCCUACGCUAUUUCGAUAAAAAAUGUAAUGACGUUUUUCUUUUUUUUGAAGUUUUUUGCGUGUUCUUAUUUUCUCUACCUGUCCUCAACUUUACCUUUAUGUCCCCCCUCCUUGUGAUUUAUUAAAUUUUUCUUACGAGAUCUUUAACAGGAAUGCGAUAAUUUCAUUCGUAAAUUUGCCCGGUCUUUCAUUGCGAAUCAUUCUCUGUAAAGUAGUGGUAAUUUUGGAAAGUGGUUAUUUAGAAAUGAUUCAGUCGGACAGAUUCCAAAAGCAGUUUUCUGUAUCAAAAACAACAAUUUAAAUCAGAAGCCUUAAAUGCGCGAGGAAUAACGGCUUCAACGUGAAAGCGUGAGAUUGAAUUGGAUUGCGUGAGUCUUACGCUUAGUGUGCGAGGCUUGAAAGCUCUGCAAAUAGAAAACUUGUGUUAAUAGAGGAAACUGUAUGAUACAUUUUCUAGAGGGGCUGAAUAUUUUAUUGAGUUCUCAUUGGUUGA